CUACUACAGCUUCUACUGCUGUUGAUCUUUUAGCCAGUCACCGAGAAGAGCGGAGUUAAAUCGAAACUGAAAUCGAGUGUUAAAAACUGUGAAAAGUGUCCAGUAGCGCCAUUAUCUGUGAUUUUCGUGCUGUUUUUGAUAAACUUUAAUGUAAACACGGAAGAAAAACUAACCGGAUACCUAAGCGGUACUCUUAUUUUGAAACAGGAAACAAGGGAAAACGUCGCCAUGGUUACGGGUAGCAUUUGUCUAGCUUCUUAAAGACUCUCUUCACUUUUAUUUGCUCUAUACUGUAGCUUGAGUACUCAUAUAUCAUGGGGGAGUCCGAUACAUACCACAUACGGCCCAAUCAUCAGCAGAAGUUCAGGCCAGCUGUUGUGAAGGAGUGUAUUCGUGAAAUUGUGAGGGAGCGACUGUCUGGGGUGCAGUACAAUCCAGAGGAAGUCCCAGAGCUGACCCGUUCACUGGCAGACUCUGUUAAGGACAAAGUAAAGAAUUCAGGAUUCGACAAAUAUAAGCUUGUUGUGCAGGUGGUCAUUGGAGAACAGCGAGGGCAGGGAGUCAAGAUGUCUUCCAGGUGUUUUUGGGAUGCUGACACAGACAGCUAUGCAGAGGAUGUUUUCAUGAAUGACAGCUUGUUCUGUGUGGUUGCAGUUUUUGGAAGCUAUUACUACUAAGAAAGAGAGAAGGGACCACAGGAAAAAAAGACUUACAUGAAAAUGAGCUGGCCUCAACUAAAGAAGCGACGCACAUCUGGUCUUUAAAAUGAAAAACCUCAGUGGGAUUUCGUGACUUAUUUAAGAUGAAGGCUUGUUAUGGCUUUUAUUUCUUACCUCAAAACAUUGCCAUUGUAUAAAAAUGAUAAAUAUGCUGUUACUGUUACUGUAAGGUUACUGUUUAUAAGGAGUAACAUCUGAGCUCUGUGAGUUCUCUGAAAGCUGAAGCAUCAAACUGCUUUUAAUGUGCAGUUUCCAGCAUGUAAUAAUAAGAUCAUCUUCUCGAUGCACAGAGAAAGGCCAAGCAGGUUUAUUCCAAGCCAAAAGCCUUUAAAGUGGCAUUGUCUUCAUACAGUCUCACAAAAGUCUUUAGUUUGUUUUAUGUACUACAGCAAACAAAUGAAUAAAGGUCAGAUUUAAUAUAUUUGGUGACAUUUGAAUUUUUCACAUCUACACCUAUUAAUAUAACUUUAUUUACCCCACACUGCUGAAAUUCAACUGUCACAACAAAAAGUGAAUCAAAGACAAACAAAAGACUAUUGUUGGUACAGGAAAAAUGUUAUUGUGAAAAAACAAAAGAUUGUAUUGUUAUUUCGAGCAGUUGACUUAGCAGAACUGGUCCAGCAGAGGUCAGUAUCUGCCUGUAAUCGCCAAAAUCCAGAUGCAGGGAUUUUUUCUUUUUUAUUAAAGUUAUGUGUGUUCGGGUCGGAACCGCCACGAGUCCCGACUUCGUCAAAGGAAAAACAAAUUGUUCAGCAGUUUGCGGCGGUACUCCUGGUUCCUGUUUCUGCACAGAACACGAAACAACUUGGAAACAGUUUUAGGUUCUGGUUGGAUUUAGCUAUAAAAAAAAACUUCAUGGUAGAAUUUCACCAGCAGUUGCAGUCUAAGAUGGUGGAGUUAGUUUAGGAAACCUCGGUAUGAAUGUCUAUCCAUGGGAAAUGGCAGACAGGAAAGGCCUGCGCUAACUGGUCAGCAGCUUUCAAAAUAAGAGCUCAGAGACUGUCUAAGUAUGUCCAAGAUGAAGUAAAAGAAAUCGUGAAUUGCCUAGGAAACCCACCUUCUGUAAAUAUACAAAACAUUAACAAAUUAUUCUUUACUAUAUAUUAACAUAUGUUCAUUAAGUGAUGCCGUUUUGAACAGUGAUGGCAUCAAACUGAGAGCUAAUUACACAAGGCUCCGCUGACAAACAGGUCAUGAAAGAACAGGAAAAGAUUUAAUUUGUAUGUUUAUAAGUUGUAUCUUUAAAUGUUUAGUUUUAUUUACUGAUGCAGCAAAUUUAUGAACCAUUUUAUGUUAUUUAAAUAGUGUUAAGCAUUUAAUGUUCUUGGAUUCUGAAUGAAUGAUUCAAGCUUAUUUUCAAGUGAUCAGUUACGUCUGUUAAAAUUCAUGGAUGUCGACACAUUUUUCUGUCUGUUUGUUCAGAGUGUAGUCCUUUGGUUGCUGAAUCAAAGUCAGUCUGACUGCGAUCUAUUCCAUCACAGAUUCAGACAUCAUGAGUUUGUUGGCUUAUUGCAAACAUUACUUCUGUGGUGUUUUCAUUAUUGUGAUUAUUUAAUGGCACUUUCAGAAGUGAAGUGAUCAUAGCUUUGUAUGCUCUACUAUCUUUUCAUCCCUUUAUGCAACAGACAAAUGGACUGUAUAAAGCUGCAGAAGUAAUAUUUUUAUGUGGAUAGAACAGCACCAUAAUCAAACCAUGCCUGAAAAGCUUCCCUGUACUUUGUGACCAUGUCAUUACGUAUUACCAUUUUUUUCUUCGUCAAGCCGAUUCCCUCACUUUAUAGCUUGAAUUUUAAAUGAAACUUUAGCUAAUUGUUAGCUACUGGGUCAUUACCCAUGAUAAUUCUAAAUUAAACUCUUUAGCAUUUAGUUUAAAAAAUAUGGCAUGUUUAAAGUUUUUUUUUCAUCUUGAUUACAUGGAGGCAUCUUCCAUACUUGUGCCCAGAAGUCUCCCUGGACUGUGCCCAGAAGCUGUACUGACACCCUGUCUACACUCAUAGCCCCCUUGGCUUCUUAUUGAAAAUAAACUGAAUUGCAGGUGUUGCUGUCUGUGUGAAUAGCAUGUAACAUCUUCGUUCAACAAAAUCCAUAGGUGUUUAAUUGGACUGGGAUGUGGUUUCAUCUGCCCUUUGGAUGGAGGCAUUGUCAGUUUGGAAGCGAAUUCUCACAUCAGGAUAAACCUGUUCAGUAAUUGAAUACAUUAGUUUGCAGAAAAAGUUUUUAUUGAUUUGUAGUGACCCUUAUAUCUAAGGAAAAAAAUCAACGCAUUAAAAUAUCCACCACAGCACAACAAAGCCUCGGGAAACACUCAGGACAGGGGUCAAGGGUUAAGAUGUUUCCUUUAAGUCUUUUAUCUGUCUGUAACUUAACAUUUUAGGGACUAUAAUAUACCAGUUUAUACUAACAUAUACAAGAUAUGGGACUGUAGUGCAAUAAAAGGUUAGUAAACUCCAGGCGAUUGCAUUACACAGUUCAGCCUUGCUUUUGCAGUAGAGAAACCGGCAUUUAACAGAAAUGGGUUUUAUGUCACGAUCCUGGGUCUUAUGACCCAGUGUUUUGAGUUUUAGUUCAUUUUGAUGUUUAUAGUAUGUUUAAGCGCAUUAGGUCUCCUAUGUUCAUUUGCUUAUUAGUUCCCCCUUGUGUUUUCAACCCCUGUGAAGUCUCCCUUGCCCUUCAUGUGUUUCAUGUCUGUGAGUCUUAUGUUGUCAAGUUCAUGUUGUCAUGUCUGCGUCUCAUUGUUUCCUGUUUUAUUUUGAAGGGGUCCUGUGUUCCUAUGUUCAAUGUUUUUAGUUUUACGCUCCUCUUGUAACGUCGUUAUGUUCAUGUGUGUCAGCUGUUCCCCCAUGUGUUUCCAUUUUCCUUCGUUAUCCUCCUGUGUAUUUAGUCCGUGUGUCUUCAGUCAUUCCUUGUGAGGUCGUCUGCUCAUCCACGUCACAACUUCAGGUAUCCAUGUCAGUUCACCAUGUUUAAGGUUUUUUCAUUUUUAGUUCACCCAGUUUAGGUUAUUGUUUAGUUUCACCUAUGCCCUUUGUUUGUGCCUUGUUUCCUAGCCUCAAUAAACGGCUUGUUUUUUGUUAAA